AUGAAUUUUCCGACUCUUUGGAGAAAGUGGAUGGCCGAAUGUAUGGCAACAGCAACCGCCUCGGUGUUGGUGAAUGGGUGCCCUACGGAGGAAUUUACUAUGGAACGUGGUUUGCGUCAGGGUGACCCUCUGUCUCCGUUUCUUUUUUUAUUAGCGGCGGAAGGUUUCCAUAUUCUCAUGGUGUCGCUAAUCCAGGCUGGUUUAUUCAAUGGUUAUAGAGUGGGGCGCGAAAAUACUAUGUGUUUGUCUCACCUACAGUUCGCCGACGAUACGUUGAUUAUUGGGGAAAAGAUUUGGUUAAAUGUGCGCUCAAUGAGGGCUGUUUUGUUGCUAUUUGAACAAGUGUCUGAGCUGAAGGUUAAUUUCCAUAAAAGCUUGAUUACGGGAGUUAAUGUUACGGAUUCUUGGUUGUAUGAGGCAUCUUUGAUUUUGAAUUUUCGGGUUGGAACCCUACCUUUUGUGUACUUGGGGCUGCCUAUAGGAAGGGAUCCGCGUAAGCUGGAAUUUUGGAGACCGCUUUUGGACAUUAUAAGAACUAGAUUGUCGAAUUGGAAAGGUUGGGAUACUGUGUGUUUACUGAAGAAGGAAGGAGGUUUGGGGGUCAGGAGGAUGAGGGAGUUUAAUGUUGCUCUGUUAGGGAAAUGGUGUUGGUGUAUGUUGAUUGACAGGGAUGGACUUUGGUAUAGAGUCCUGAAGGUGAGAUAUGGAGAGGAGGGAGGUCGGUUGAAGGAAGGGGGUGGUGACAGUUCGGUGUGGUGGAGGAUGUUAUGCGGGAUUCGUAGAGGCGCAGGGUUAGGGGAGGGGAGUUGGUUUGAGGAUAAUGUAUCCACUCUUGACAGAUGGCGGUGGAUGCUUGAUCCUAUUGGCGGGUACUCUGUCAAAGGGACAUAUAAGUACCUUACGCUUCCUACUACACCUGUGGAGACCAGUCUUUAUGAUGCAGCUUGGCUAAAACAAGUUCCGUUAAAGGUUUAUGUGUUCGUUUGGCGUCUUCUCCGCAACAGGCUCCCGACUAAAGAUAACCUCCUUCGCAGGAGAGCUAUUCACCAUGAUGACAUUUUUGUGUGGGAGGGUGUGGCUGUCCAGAGACAUCGCAUCAUCUCUUCUUCCGUUGUGAUACUUUUGGCCGCUUGUGGCUUCAUGUCUACCAGUGGCUCGACAUUUUGUUCAUACCUCCAGACAUGGUUCGUGACAACUUCCAUCAGUUUGGUAAUUUAG